UAAACCGACACAUCUCUUCCCUCACAUUGAAAACCCACGGCUCCCUUCCCUCUCUUCUCUGUUCUCUCACUCUCUUCCCUCACGGCACCAGAAACCAGCAGCUGCCACCCACGAGCAACCACCGGCAUGCCACCUGCUUUUCUUUUCCUCCACCGUGAGCAGGCCGUAGCAGACCAAGCCCUUCCCCACGCGCUGUCACCGGUAGCAGCAGCAAGUAGUGGUUGGUCUUAGCCGGUUUCGGGCCCCUCCAGCCGGCCGUGAGUCUUGUACCACCACCAUGACUUCCACCAUACACUCCUUCCUCUUCCUUCAAUGGUGAUUGAGGAAAACAGUCCUUAAAACUGAAGCUGAAAGAAGAGAGCCAAUUCUAGAAGAAGAUUCAUUUUGGCAACUAUCAUUUUCUAUCCUAACUUCAUGAUGUUAGUGUUCGUUAGAAGAAUUGCUGCCUCUACUUCAAUAGUAGUUCCUCUUAAUCCUUCCGUCUACUUCCAUAGUAAAUUCUCGUAUCCUUUUAGCAGAUCUUCCAUUGAUAACAGUGAUCCUUUGACUCUAGCUGAUAAUGGCUGUGGUUCUAAGAGUCAUCUAGGAGGGAUAUUAGCUUUGCCUUCACUUUGUGAGGAUAGACCCCAACUUAAUAGUCAUGAAAUUAAGGUGGUUGAUUUGGAUACUUGGUCUGUUUCUUCAGGUUUGUCCCGUUGUUCGAUGACCAAACCUAGAGAUUCCCAACUGAGAUUGUUUGGAGUAGAGGAAGUUGAAAAUGAGCUUAUUACAUCUAAAGAGGUUAUGAACGAUUCUGAUUUAUAUGAUGUCGAAGAUAUGAGGAUUCAUAAGGAUUUAUUUUACAAGAUUGAGAAGGGUUCAAUUGAGUUUGAAGAAUACCAGUUUGACUUUCAUGGAAGGAAGUCAAAAUCUAGUGCAAACGGUGGAAGGGAAUGUAAGAAGGAAAGCUUGAAAUGUGAUUUUGAUCAAAAGGAUGAAAAUAUUUUGAAGGAUAAGGGUAAGGGUAAGGAAGUCAAAGUUGGUGCGUUGGUGAACAAGGAACGCCUUGCUAGAUCUAUCGAGGAGAAAUAUGUAAUGUGCACACCUCAAGAUCUAGACGAUGCUUCGGCUAUGAAAAAGAAAAGAAAUCCGACUUUCAAUCAACUUACAGGGCCUUAUCAUGAACCAUUUUGCCUCGACAUUCAUGUAUCUAAAGGUUCUGUGCGUGCCUGCAUAGUCCACCGAGUAACGAGCAAGGUUGUCGUUGUUGCACAUUCUAUUUCCAAAGAUAUAAAAUUCAACCUUGGGUCUACUAAAAGCAGAGUUGCUGCAACCACUAUUGGUAAAGUCCUAGCACAUCGAGCAUUGGCUGAUGAUAUUCAUGAUGUGAUUUACACACCUAGGAAAGGAGACAAGUUGGAAGGAAAGCUUCAGCUUGUUCUUCAAGCAGUUAUAGAUAACGGGAUCAAUGUGAAGGUUAGGCUUAAACAGAGAAUUCGUAAUAAAGUUGUUCGAAGAUCUCCAGCUGAUGAAGAGUAAUUUAUAUGGUCAUUAUGGGUGUUUGGCAAUUGUCUGUUAGCUUUUUUAGUUAGUUUGUUUGAUCAGCUUAAAAUAUUAGCCGUUUUUGUUGGUUGUUAGCUAACUGAAAAAGCCAACUAUUUAUGUGUUUGGUAAAUUAAAUUUUGGCCAUUGGCUCUUUAUUAAAGAAAAAGUGGGCCAACAAGCCAAAAACCUAAAAAAAAACUAACUGGAGUAGCUUUUUUAUUUUGGCUUAAAAGCCAUUUACCUAACACAUUUUUUGCUGUUUAACUAACAAACAAGCCAAAAGCCAAUCAAAAAGCCAAUGCAACAGCCAAGUACCAAACACCCCUAUGUCGUUGUUGCAAGUAUUGCUACAGAAGAUGUUCUCGAAGCCUGUGAUGAUGAGCUGGUGAUGAAUGAUAUUGAGUACUUUUCUUGAUUAUGAAAUAGUUAAUACUAUGUUCAGUUUUUGGCUUGUUUUAUGGGAGAAAUCUAUCCUAACAAGAUGCCCAAUUAAGCAUUGGAUUGCAACUUGUGUUUGUUUUUAGAGGUUCCAAAUGUUUGAUCUGUAUACUGCUUAGUGAGUUGGAAUGUGAAUAUAAUAUCCUGGAGAGUUACACCUACAUCUGCUUAGGGCUAGCUCGGAUAUCCACUUGGUGUUUCGAAUGAGAAGACUGCCGACUACCAACCUAUGUUACUUGAACUAGAGCACUUGUUUUGGACUUAUGUAUGCGUCUCCAGUGAUUUGAUUCUGCUAGUUGUAAAGAAUGUUCAUAAUUUUGGCCCAAAAUAAAGUGUCGAGGUGUCAUACAAUGUCAAAGUGUUGAAGAUCGGACACGGGUACUGGAGGUGAACUAAACGGUUCGAGUACAUAAUUGUCUACAGAGUGUGUUGGUUUUUCAGGGCUUCUUUCAAUUAUAUGUUCUGCACAUGGAUUCACCCCUUUUGACUGCGUUGAUGAUUGUCAAUACAUGAUAGGAUGUUCUACUAGCUGCUGCUUGUGUUGUUAUAAGUCGCAAUUGCGGUUGUGCUCGGUGGUCAACGACGAGCAUAUGAUAUGAUCUAUGGACUGAUAGCAGUUUGAGGCUGCGUAUUGACGAUUAACUCUUUUCUGGAUGCAAGGAUUUUAGUGAUUGCAUUAUGCUGACUGCUGAGAUAUGUGCACAUUCCAACUUUAGCCAUUGGGCUAAUCACUUUACUGGUUCUGCUGCUAUUCACAGAAGGAGUUGUGAGUUGUGACAUAGCAUUUAGCAAACUUGUGUAAAGGAUGGCAUCACUGUCUUAUAAGUUAUAAUUUUUAGGCUUUGGAAUGGUCAAUGGAUAAUUGUUAUAUGUAAGUUUUGUAUGAACUAGUCUAUUUUCUUAUUUUCUACUUAAGUCAGUUUAUUCUACUCUUUAUAUGAAAAGGGAUACAAUAUUUUAUUACGAGUUAAGUUUAUACAAAACUUUUACAAUUAUAAAAAAUAAAAAAGAUUAAUUUUAUUUAAU